AUGUCCUCCAAAGCUAGCCGUGAAAAUCUCACGGUCCGCGCUCUCGUCAGUAAUACGGAGGCCGAGAUCAUCAUCGGCGACCGUCAUGCAAACAUUCAUCGGGUCCAGGAAGAGACAGGGGUCUACGCCGGUGUUAGUGAGGCCGUUCGAGGUGUGAAAGAUCAGAUCCUAGCCGUGACGGGCACCGUGGAGGGCGUAGUGAAGGCAUUCUCCCUGGUCGCGUACCACCUUGCCAGCCUAAGGGUUGAACCCACUGAUUCCUCGUCUGAGUCGCCCCUCUCCCCCCAUCCUCCUACCAAACUCCGCAUUCUCAUGCCACACCGCAUCCUGCCAGACGUGGUCGGUAGAGACGGCAAGAAGAUCAAGGCCAUACAAGACUCCACCGGUGCAAGCCUUGGAGUAACCGGGAAGAUGCUCCUGCGCUCCACCGAAUGUCUUGUAGCAGUGCAUGGAUCCCCUGAGGCUAUCGGAAAGGCAGUAGAGCAGAUCGUAAUGAGCGUGCCGAAGGACUCGGGGUUCGGGAAAGGCACCAUACUGUUCAAGCCCGGGACGGGAGACCGAGAGCGUCGGGCGCGUUUGUCUUCAGAAGGGAGGCGACGACGGGGGUAUCUCGUUACAAACGCAUGGUGCGGUCCGAGUUCAAGCCCUCAACCCCUGUCAUCGGAGAAGACACAAACAUCAGCGCCACCAGUGCUCGAAACCCGCAAGAUGUCCAUCCCCGAGGACAUGGUGGGGUAUGUGCUGGGCCGAAACAGAUCGAACCUCGCCUGGAUCAGGCGGACGGCGCGCGCGAAGAUCAAUCUCGCGAGCCAGCCGACUCAGAAGAAGGGAGACGACGCCGAACGUGUGCUAAAGAUUGUGGGGACGACGUUGGCAGUCGAGACGGCGAUAUCGCUCAUUGAGAAGCGGGUUGAGAGGGCAAGGAGGCUGAGGGGGUCGCAAGCGCGGGAGGACGAAGACGAAGAACAGGGUUAG